AUGACAGAGCAAAAGACCGAACAAAAGACAUUGACUCAUGCAGACGAGAAUAUAAAUCCUAAAACGAUAGAGUUGUUAAAUAAACAAGAUAAAUAUACUAUUAACACUUAUAAUAGACCUCCAAUAGUUCUCACCAAAGGUAAAGGAUGUUGGGUAUACGAUUUAGCUGAUAGAAAAUUUUUGGAUUUUUCUGCUGGUAUAGCAGUUAAUGCUUUAGGGCAUGCUGAUGCCGAAUUAGCAUCUGUAAUAGCAGAUCAAGCAACAAAAUUGAUUCAUUUAUCAAAUUUGUAUCAUAACGAAUAUGCUGGUGAAUUAGCUGAAUUGUUAGUAAAUAUUACAAAAGAAGGUGGAGGUUUUGAAGCUGCUAGAGUAUUUUUUUCAAAUUCUGGUACUGAAGCCAAUGAAGGUGCAUUAAAAUUUGCUAGAAAAUGGGGAAAACAAGUUAGUAAAGAAGGAAAAGAAAAAUAUGGUGUUAUAUCAUAUAACAAUGCAUUUCAUGGUAGAACUAUGGGUGCAUUAUCUGCUACUCCAUCACCAAAAUAUCAAGCUCCUUUUUCUCCUUUAGUACCAGGUUUUGUUCAUUCUAUUUAUAAUGAUAUAGAAAAAAUUCCUGAAGUUGUUAAUGAAAAUACUUGUGCUGUUAUUGUUGAACCUAUUCAAGGUGAAGGUGGUGUUUGGGUAGCUACUGUUGAUUUUUUGAAAGCAUUAAGAAAAAGAUGUGAUGAAGUUAAUGCAUUAUUAAUCUUUGAUGAAAUUCAAUGUGGACUUGGACGUACAGGAAAAUUAUGGGCUCAUCAACAUCUUCCAAAAUCUUGUCAUCCAGAUAUAUUAACCUUGGCAAAACCACUUGCAAAUGGUUUUCCGAUUGGAGCCAUAAUUACCACUGAAAAAGUAGCUAAUAUCAUAAAAAUUGGUGAUCAUGGUACCACAUUUGGUGGUAAUCCAUUGGCAUGUAGGGCUGCUUUAUCUGUUGUACGUCGUAUUAAUACACCCGAAUUAUUAAGUAAUGUUAAUAGUGUAGGAGAUUAUUUAGUUAAUGAAUUCAAAAGAUUAGCUUCAAAAUAUCCUUCUUUAAUUACCAAUAUUAGAGGAAAAGGUUUAAUACUUGGUAUACAAUUUACUGUUGAUCCAACUCCUUUAAUAGGUUUAGCUAGGGAAAGAGGUUUAUUACUUAUUACAGCUUCUAAUCAAACCGUUAGAAUAAUACCUCCUUUAAUAUUGAAAAAAGAAGAAGCUCAACAUGGUGUUAAAAUUAUAGAAGAAAUUGUUGAUAUUUUUGAUAAGCAACGUAGUAACUAA